AUGCAGGAUUCACCAGUGUUCAAUUACAUAAACAGCUUGUCUCCUAUAAGACCUGUGAAGUCCAUGCCAAUUCCACACCAUUUUAGCUCUCUGAAUUUCACUUCCCCUCCUUCUGUAUUCACCUCGCCACACCUAACUUCUUCUCACAAAGAAUCAAGAUUCUUCAAAACUCAUAACAGCUCUUCCUCUGAUCCCACCAAUCAUGUGGAAGAAUCUACUUCUAAUGAACAUGUUGCAGCAGAAGCAGACGAUGCUAAAGAACUCAACGUAGAUGCUUCAAUUAAAACGGAGCUACCACAAAUCAACGGUAGUGAAACGAAUCCUGAUGAUCCCGUUCCUGCUUCACCUUGUGGCGGAGAUACUGUGGAUCUUUCUCUUGUUCCGUACGCUUCUCCUCGAGGAGAGAAUGCAGGAGAGAAUGCAGGAGGAAUGGAGCUGCAGAAGAUGUAUGAUGAUAAUGUUCAAGGGAGAAACGAAACUCCGGAUUGGGAUAGUUUGAUUGCAGAUGCUUCUGAGAUGUUAAUCUUCAGCUCACCUGAUGAUUCAGAGGCCUUUAGAUGCCUUAUGAUGCAGAGAUCAUCAAACUCCGAAAAACGUUUGAUGCCUCAUUCAAACAAUGAACCUGAGUCCUCAAAUGCUGUUCCUUGUGAGGCUGUUUCCUUCUUGCAUCGCGGCUCAAGCUCUAUAAUCCAAGAAACUUUGGACCAGACAGAUCAUGAAACCAGGGAAGAUGUAGAUCAAGAUGUUCCUGUUGAACCAGCCUUGGAAGAGUUGCAUUUGAGCAGCCCUAAGAAGAAGAGGCAAGUUUGUUUGCUUAAGUUGGAAGCUGGAGAAGGCGAGUCAUGUAAGCGAUGCAACUGCAAAAAGUCCAAGUGUUUGAAACUUUACUGUGAAUGCUUUGCUGCUGGAGUUUAUUGCAUAGAGCCAUGUUCAUGUAUAGAUUGCUUCAACAAGCCUAUUCAUGAAGAUACAGUCUUGGCUACACGCAAACAGAUUGAAUCUCGGAAUCCUCUUGCAUUUGCUCCUAAAGUUAUUAGGAGCUCUGAUUCGAUUCUAGAAACCGGGGAUGAUGCAAGCAAAACUCCAGCUUCUGCGCGCCAUAAACGUGGUUGCAACUGCAAGAAAUCAAACUGUUUGAAGAAAUACUGUGAAUGCUUUCAGGGCGGUGUGGGAUGUUCCAUAAACUGUAGAUGUGAAGGGUGUAAGAACGCAUUCGGACGCAAAGAUGGGUCUUCUACUGUUGACAUAGAAGCAGAACAAGAGGAGGAAAAUGAAGCAUCUGAGAAAAGCAAAACAGCAAAAACUCAACAGAACACUGAGGCUUUAAUUAGAAGGGAAGAGAGUUCUGCUUUACCUACAACACCAAUGUCUAUUUACAGACAACAACUGGUUGAACUACACUACUCAUCAUCUAAGAACAUGAUGCCUCCUCCACAGUCUCUUCUUGGAGGUGGAUCUUCCUUUAGCAGUCAAUAUCUAAGAAAACCGGAAACUAGUUCGACUCAGUCCCGGAUUGAGAAGUCAUUCGGGACAGUCUCAGAGAAUAGAGGUGAAGAUAUGCCUGAGAUUCUCAGCCACUCCUCUAAAGAUAACUUAAAAGCUGUAUCUCCCAAUGGUAAGAGGGUCUCUCCUCCACAUAUGGACUCAUCAAGCCCAUCAAUCUUAGGGAGAAGAAGCGGUGGGAGGAAACUGAUACUCCACUCGAUUCCAUCGUUUCCUUCUCUCACUCCUCAACACUGA